UGCGGGGCCGGGCGCGGCGCCUGCCCCGUCGCCAGCCGGGCGCGCAGCCAUGAGCCAGGCGGAGUUGUCGGCCCCGCGCUCGGCGGCGGCGGCGGCGGCGCCCAGCCAGCGCGUCUUCCAGGAGGCGGUGCGCAAGGGCAACACGGCCGAGCUGCACUCGCUGCUGCAGAACAUGAGCAGCUGCGAGUUCAACGUGAACUCCUUCGGGCCGGAGGGCCAGACGGCGCUGCACCAGUCGGUGAUCGACGGCAACCUGGAGCUGGUCAAGCUGCUGGUCAAGUUCGGCGCGGACAUCCGGCUGGCCAACCGCGACGGCUGGAGCGCCCUGCACAUCGCCGCCUUCGGGGGCCACCAGGACAUCGUCCUCUACCUGAUCACCAAGGCCAAGUACUCGGCCGCCGGCGGCGGCGGGGGAGGCGGCGCGGGCGGAGGCGGCGGCCGCGGCUGACUGAGCGCGCUCCGGGAACUCCGUCGCGGCGUCCGCGGCGGCGGCCCGCAAUCCCCUCCGGUCCAGCCCGCCGCGGAGGCGCCUCCCGAGGACUCAGCCCUGCGCCGCUUCCGGGAGAGAUGCGCGCUUGUUGGCCGGCCGGCUCCCCCCGCCGCUUGGGCAGAGGAGACGCGGGCGCUGGGCCGGACCUCCCCGCCCUUCGGGAGCUGUACUACCGCCGCCGCCGCUGCUCUGCCUCUCAUCUACCUCGGUUCUUCCACAGUGUUGGUUCCUCCGCUCGCUCGCUCGAUCGAUCCUUCCUUCCUUCCUUGGCGCCGACCGGCUGCUGCCCGCCGCGCCCAGGACCUGGGUCCCCUCCGGCCCGUCUCAAGCAGCCAAGCCGACUUCGGAGGGUCCGACUUGCAGCUCUUGCUCCGGAGCAAGACGCCCGUUCGCUUUUUGUCUGGUGUCCAGACCGCAAUCGCCGCUCCCCCGCUCGC